AUGGGCAGCUUCUCCGCGGAGCCAGAGGAAGCAAGCGCCGGCACACCGGCACGCCCUCCCGCGCUUGGUCAACGUUGGCUUCUUCCCUCCUCCGUUCACCUUCCAGAACUCAAACCCGAGCUCUCCAUCGCCUACCGGGUCCUGGAGGUCUUCCCCCGCGGCCGCCGCGUGACCGUCACCUGCCAGGUGCCCGCGCCGAUGCCCCGGCCCGUCACCUACACCCUCUGGGGGAGCCGGGACGUCGAGGUCGCCAGGAAGGUGGCCAGCACCCAUGAGCCCGUGUCCUUCCACAUCAACGUCACGCUCAAGUCCAGGCCCGACCUGCUCACCUACAGCUGCCAGGCCAGCACCUCGGGGGGCACGCGCCUGGCCAGCGCCCCGCUGCAGCUGUACUGGGAGCUGUGGGCCAAGCCUGUGUCCCAGCUGCACGCCAACUUCACCGUGCUGGACAGAGAGACGGCCCCAAGGUUCGAGAUUUCCUGCCAGGCGGCCUCGGGCAGCCCGCCCAUCACCUACAGCCUGGUCGGGCGCGACGGGCACGUGCACGUGCGACAGACACCGCGGUAUGGGCAGCCCGCCAACUUCUCCUUCCCGCUGACCCAGACGUCAGCCUGGCUGCGGUGCCAGGCCCAAAACGGCAUCAGUGUCCAGAGCAGCCCCCUCAUGCUGGCGCCCCCAGGCCAGCUGCCCAAGGCCCCCACCGUCGUGCUGGCUGCCAGCCUCACCUCCAUCGCCGCCAUCUCCUCCGGGAUGCUGGGCUGGACCAGGUGGAACAGGUAGUGACCAGCAGGUGCAGGCUCACAGAGCCCCCCACGGCACCCCUGGGAGUGAGGAACAGCCGCCAGCCCAGCCCUGCGGAGGAUUCCAGGAUGGGCUGGGAAUGCGGGUCCAGGGGGGACUGAAAAGGCCCAGCUACACCCACACCAUGGCCGCUUCCCCCCACGGCUCCCUCUUCCCCGAGGGGCACCCCGUCUCCUGGUGGUCCACCUGGCCAGCACCCCCUCAGUGACCUGAGCGGCAAGGGAAGGUGCAGGGGUCCCGUCCUCAGCCUGCACCUCCCUCCCCGCCUUCCCUGCUCAGUUGCUCUGAACCAGCCCAGGAAAGAACCGGAUUAAACUGACCCUCCCCCCACUGUCGCUCUGGGACCCAGUUUCUGCCCGCACCCCAUUCUGGAGCCUGGCGUCUGAAGCCCCGCCGCCUUUACCACCUGGGGCGUGGGGAGGGGGCAGCAGGGGAAGAACUGGGUGGUCUGCACCCACCCAGGCUCAGCUCCGGAGCGGAGGGCAGGGCGGGUCCCGGCGGCGGCCAGGGCGUGGGUGUGUGUGUGCCAGGGGCCUGGGCCCGGCAGGUGCGGCCCAGACGGCUCCGGUUGGGCUUCCUGGAGGAGGCGGGGAGCAGGCGCCCAGGAAGGCGGGGCCGAAGGCAGGGGCCCUCCCCCGCGAGUCCUUCUUCUCCUGGGGACGCCCUGCCCUCUCGGGUCGCGCCGGGGCCGCCCAACGCGGGGGCUGGACGUUAUCGCCGCCGCCGCCGGCACUUUGCCCUCCGUCCCUGGGGCCCCGCUGGCCACGCCCCGGGGCGGGGCUAGACAAUGGGGGCGGAGCUAACAGACGGGGCG